UGAUUGAGGAUUCUGCAUGCGUGCGCGUACCCGAGUCCGCGCUCCCUAGAAGGGCAAACCACGUGGCUUUCCCCGACCAAUCGUUUAUUCGUAACAGCGGUCCAGCGCGCGUACGCGUCAGCUAGGAGAACAUUGGACAGAAGGCGGCAGGAAGACGGCUGAAGCCCGGUAUCGGUCUGUUCUGAACCCCCGAAUACAAAACGAACCGAGAUGUCAGAGGAAAAACCAAAGGAAGGAGUAAAGACGGAGAAUGACCACAUCAACCUCAAAGUUGCAGGUCAGGAUGGAUCGGUCGUCCAGUUCAAAAUCAAACGACACACACCGCUCAGCAAACUAAUGAAGGCGUACUGCGAACGACAGGGUCUUUCAAUAAGGCAGAUCAGAUUCAGGUUCGAUGGCCAGCCAAUCAAUGAGACGGAUACACCCGCACAGCUGGAGAUGGAAGAUGAAGACACCAUAGAUGUUUUCCAGCAGCAGACUGGCGGGUGCUGCUAAGCCCGACCACCCACCUCACUGACGGCCAUGUUCAAACCAUGCCCUAAACCACCUUCACUGUCUCUCCCUCCCCGUUUGCUCCUGCCAGCUUAUAAUUAUUGUUAUUAUUAUUAUUAAUAUUAUUAUUUUUCUCUUUUGAAAGACAUUCUUUGCCUGAUGUGUCGGUGCUCGUCAGCUGUUUAUUUACUCUUUUAGUCGGGACUGAAGUCGAGUGUUUUCAGUCUUUGCGGCUGGCCGGUCAGGACCAUCUUGUCCUCGUCUGGUGCUGCAGAUCGUAAUUGGACCAACGGCUCCCCACAGAAACUGCUGUUCCGGCUCUGCGUCCAGCGCGUCAGAGUGUGGGGCUCUGCAGGUUUUUGUCCAGGAGCCGCAGACAGUGGGGCGUGUUUUUGAAGGGGAAGCACCGUCUGAACUGAACACCCUCCUGCUUGCUAUUUCACUUUUAUUUCGUUUUGUUUUCGUUGAGCAAAUGUAUUUAGGUAUCUUUACAUUUUAGGUGCUUCUGCAUUGUUUUUGUACUUUUUUUUUUUUGCCUCCCGUUUAAAAUUAUAGUUAUUUUUUUUUUCCUGUAUAGAAAUAUCCAAAUGGGUGUUAGAUUAGUUGUGAGGUUAAGAACAAUACUCCAAAGACAGAACAUCUGCUUCUCUUUAAAUGUAUGUUUCUCUAAUUGCAAGGUUAAAACAGUGUCAUUAGAUCGUUAGUGUACUGCUCCCCGGCUUCUAAUAGAGAACAAUCUGUUGUACAGAUUGCCAUUUGCUCAGGCGAAAUGCUCGAUCAGGGGGUAAAAUGAGUCUAUGCCAUCAAAGCAGGCUUCGUUUUGGCUGUGUGUUGGUAAGAAAUGCAUUUUUUUUUCCCCUCUUUGUUUUAAUUUUUCGGUUAUUAAACGGACAGCAAUCUGUCCCUGUGAUAAAAGCGGCUCCGACUGGGAGUUCAGCUGCGGGCGACGUCAGCCGAGAGCUUGUUUCCGACUCCAGUGCUGUUUUCGGCGCCAAGCGGCUUCCACUUUGAGCUUAGGACAUCCAGCCGAAGCAGAUUGUUGCAAGCACAUCACUUUCUACGACGCAUCACCCACUGAGAUGUUGUGUUGUAAACAAAAUGCGCUCGGCUGCCGUGUUGGAGGAGAUCUCUCAGAUGAGUCUGGCGUUGGAGAGCGUGAUGUUGGAGCAUCGCUUCAUAUUCGUGGAGCAGGAAGGUCAGUCCUGGGGAUGAGCGCGGGUCACUUAUUUUUGAUCUUUUACCGUCGCAAACUUGGAUCUUUCAGUCUGGAGUGAAAUGAGCUGGAAAUCUGUGGAAAAAGCAAACCAGUUUGGAGUCGUGGAGUUUUACGGAUGCUUUUUGAGGUUUAACACUCAGAAAAUGGGUUAGUUUUUGUACCUGAGCAGGUUCGGUUUCAUUUGGAACAAGACGGCUAAACAGAUGACCACAAAUCUCCUUCCCUUCUUCCUCUAGCCUGCCAGAAAGCCAUUUCCCUUUUAUAUUAAACUGUUCACAUCCAUCUUAUUCAGCUGUAUUUUUGUAUGCAUCCUUUUUAUCAGUCGAGUAAGUGGCGGUAUCCUUUUUUUUUUUUUUAAGCAAAUAUAUAUACUUGCCAUCUGCUAUGAGAACUCUUCAUUUUACUGUUUCAGUUCACGAAAGUCUCCCGAACAGCCAUCUCUCCCCAUUGGAUGGCGUGUUAGAAGAGGACUUAAGUCUUUGUGCGACGCUUUUCGGCACAAAUCAUUUACUGGUAAUGAUUGUGAAUUUAGCUUUCGUCACAAAUAUAAGAGCACAUUUUAUCAGUACCUACAAAUCAGCCUUCCACAUUGUUUGCAUUUUAACAACUGGGUUUAUCUGGACAGAAGUCUUGUGGCGGCUGGCUGAACUACACUGUCAUGUAUGAAGAAUGGGGUCCAGGUCUCGUCUUGUUUGUUUCUCUACUUGUUUGUACAUUAUUUGUGGUCUUUUACUACUGUAUACAAUAAAUAUAGUUUGGUACUCAGA